GGAGUUCGCUGGUAUUUCCAAUUCAUAUCUUUUUGAUAAAGCAUCGUGUAGAUCUCGGGAUUUUAUCAGACAUAUGCGGCUCUAUCAAAGUUAUAUAUACUCACUUUUUUCUCUUAUUAUUUAAUCCAAAGUGGCACUGGGACUUUAACAUCAAUAUAGCGUGUGUAAAACUGUGUAAAACCAACCAGUUGGAGGAGUUUUAACAUAAUUCAGGUAUAUAAUACUGGGUGACAACAAAAGACCUGACGCCUUCGCAUCCGGAAGUGAUUUACAGACGGCAAUAUACUUCCUGGUCUGGUAGGCAAAACACUGCAGGAAUGAGGGAAGAUCAAAGUAUCCUUAAUCGUGAUGAAGAAAGCCACAGAACAAACACAAAACGAGCAUGGACUUUUGUGGAAGUUUUAGGCCUUUUAUGUCCCAUAUUGCUCUUCUGGAGAAUUUGGACGUUUUGUCAAAACUCAAGAAAGGGUUGCAGAUACAAACGACCAGGACAGGAAUAUGAACCGGUCAACGACGACCUUGAUACUCAAACCAAGCUACAGGAGGCAAACAAACGGUUAAACACACAGACAGAUGAAAAUGCUGUGCUCCAAAACAGGAUAGAUGAACUUCAGUCGGAAAAUCGUGAAAUGAAGCAUGCACUAGAAGAAAGGGACAACAAAAUCGUCAAACUAGAGCAAGAAAAAGAAAUACUCGAAAAGGAGAAGGAAGAUGCUUUGAAUAGACUUGUGGAAGAAAAAGACAACGAAAUUGGCAAACUACAGAAUGAAAAAGCAAUACUCGAAAAGGAGAAGGAAGAUGCUUUGAAUAGAGUAAGUCAACUGGUGUCCGUCAAACUUCGAGACAACAACCCAAACAUUGUUGACCUGAGUGACCACUACAGACCCACGAAGCUGGCCGAGAUAUUCAGUGAGUUGUACGACAACGAGUGGACUGCUGCUUACACAUUUUUGGAGGACAAAUUUGAACCAGAACAAAUCGAUUCCUUCCUUCUAGACAUUGUAAUGGAAUCCUACACCUUCUGCAAUGAAAAGGCAGAGUCGUCUUGGUCCUAUGUAACACAAUGGUUUUUGCCUAAGGGUGCACAUAACGCACAAACAGUAAGAAAGUCUCUGAAAGAAGGCCAAAAACUGCAAGCACCGACUCUGGUUUCUCAGUUAGGAGAGGAGUUUUGCGACCAUAUUAAGACGAAAUGUAGUGUUGAGCAACUACGCAGUGUCUUGGAUAACAAAGAACUGGCAGAGUACGUACACCUCUGCGUCAAAGUAUGCUUCUUGAUGGCUGUGAACGACCCUCCAGUUAUCAUUGAAUGUCCAAACAGAGGGAAACCUGACAUAAAGUUUAACAGAGAAGAAUUCAAGGAGUAUACAACACGAGGACCCUUCCUUGCUUUCUAUGUAUGGCCCCUAAUCAGACUACACGCUGGUGGCCCUCUUUUGAGCAAGGGGGUUGCACAAGGGGCAAAUGAUCCAGCCACUCGAGUUGCCUGGACAUGGAGCACAUAAAUACAUACCAUCUUUCUUGUCCUGUAUUUCUCGAACAAUCUCAAUUUCUUACGGAGUUCUUAAACCUUAAAUUAUGUGUAUAUUGCAAAAGAAAACAAAACUACUAUUUAAAUAUUUCUUUUUUUAUUUCUAUUUGGAUUUACUUUGGUUUUCAAUAUGUAUUACGAAUCUGUAUGUGUACUGUCUUAUUGUCAAUUUCAUACCAAAAAAACUUGUCUACAACUUAACGUCUUCAAGUAAUUACUUAAGCAAAAAUAAUAAAUGUUCAGUUCUUUUACCAACAAUCUAUUUCAACAUAAUAUCUGAGAUAAUACGAUCAUAACAGCAUUAAAAUACUUUAAUCAAACCAAGUAACGUUAGAAAGGUGAACUGAGUUAGUAAAUGGGUAGGCACUAAAGUAGUUGAGGAGAAACUAAGGGCUGAAAAUGCCUGUAUAGAAUUGGAAUUACUCUCUGUCCUUAAAGUAUUUACAGUGUGUCUUUGAUUACAUUUUCACAAUCUAUAGAUCAACUAUAUAAAUAUAUUUUAUUUAUUUAUUAUGCCCCCCUUUGAAGAAGAGGGGUAUAUUGCUUUGCACAUGUCGGUCGAUCGGUCGGUCCGUCGGUAGACCAAAGCUUGUCCAAGUGAUAACUCAACAAUUCCUUGACCUAUGGUCAUCAAACUUGAUAUGGAAGUUGGGAAUUAGAUGGGGGUCAAAGGUCAAGGUCACAGUGACCUUUAAUGGUAAAAUAAUUUUAAAGCUUGUCUAAGUGAUAACUCAACAAUGCCUAGACCUAUGGUCAUCAAACUUGAUAUGGAAGUUGGGCCUGACCAGUAGAUAUACUGUAGUACCCAUAUUGUUUUGGGGUUAGCUUUGGGUUGUCCGGGUGAUAACUCGACAAUGCAUGCAACUAUGGCCCUCAUACUUGACUUGUAGGUUGGGCCUGACCAGUAGAUGACCCCUAUUGGAGGUUAUCGGGCCAAAGGUCAAGAUCACAGUGACCUGGAAUGGUGAGAGGUUGUCCGAGUGAUAACGCGAAAAUGCCUGCACUCAUGGCCCUCAAACUUGACUUUGAUGUUGGGCCUGGCCAGUAGAUGGCCCCUAUUGAUUUAAGGAGUCAUUGGACCAAAAGUCAAGGUCACAGUGACCUUAAAUGAUAAAAGAUUGUCCUGGUGAUAACUCAACAAUGCCCGCACCCAUGGCCCUCAAACUUGACUUGGAGGUUGGGCCUGACCAGUAGAUGACACCUAUUGAUUUUAGGGGUCAAGAGUCAGAGUCACAGUGACCUUGAAAACAAACUCGACUAUUCAUCGACCUUUGGUCAUCAAACUUGACAUGAAGGUUGGGCCUGACCAGUAGAUGACCCCUAUUGACUUUGGGGAUCAUCGGGCCAAGGUCAAGAUCACAGUAACCUUUAACACAAAAUAGUUAACAAAUCUUCUCCCAUUGAUAUAUCAACAAAGCCUGAACCUAUGAUCAUCAAACUUGACAAGGAUGUUGGGCCUGACCAGUAGAUGACCCCUAUUGAUUUUAGGGCUCAUCGGGUCAAAGGCCAAGGUCACAUUGACCUUUAAUGGUAAAAUAAUUUUAAAGGUUGUCCGAGUGAUAACUCGACAAUUCCUGCACCCAUUGCCCUCAAACUUGAUUUUGGAGUUGCAUCUGACCUGUAGAUGACCCCUUAUGAUUUUAGGGGUCAUCGGGUCAAAGGUCAAGGUCACAGUGACCUUGAACGAAAAAGGUUUGUCUGUGUGAUAACUAGACAAUGCCAGCACCCAUGGCCCUCAAACUUGACAUUUAGGUUAUUUGUGACCAGCUGAUGACUCCUAUGGAUUUUGAGGUCUGAGGUCAUGGUCAUUACACACUAUCCUCACACUUGAAUGGUCAUUCUCUUAAAACUGCAUUAACGGCACCCAAUGUCAGUGACAAAUCAGCUGUCAUUUCGGUCUAUGCAUAUUUCAUUCAAUUGUCCGUAUAAUCCUGACAACAUGGCGCUCAGGGGGGCAUAAUGUUUGACCACGAUCUCUUGUUUAUUUUUUAAUUACUUUAACAAUACGAUUUUUAGUUUCAUCAGUGAUUAAGCAUGUGGAAGUUUAAUAGAAUAUUUUCUGUUUACUAUAACAGCCAGGGUAGCAUUAAAUUUUGACCCCGUUGAAUAUUGACCCUAGUGGUCAUUUUUAAUGGAUUACUGUCAAUUUUCAAGUUGAAUACUGACUCGUCCGUUAAAUACUGACCCUUCGUCUAGUGAAAAGGUGACUCUCGUUGUAAACUGAAUAAGGAUAGAAUUCACUAUCAAACUUUGUCCAUCCUAUGGCCAUCCUUCAUUGAAUGUAUUGAUACUGUAUGUUGGCUAUUUAUAUCACGCAAUCCGAUUAGCUGCAUCCAAUUAAGACCAGUAUUGAAUAUCACCAAAACUACAGAAGGGUCGUUGUUCAACGUUGAAAACUGGGCCAUAUAGCCCCAUGCAAGUAAUGCAGUUGUUGGAAAAUGUUUUUGCAUAAUUCAAAGGCCAUAUCACUGCUAGUGCUAGUCAGAAAAAAAUGUUGAUACUGCUUAACUAAUUAUAACAUGUUGAUUUCUGUAUAGUUUAAUUAAAUAUAGUGAUAGCGC